AAAAAGAUCCAAGUUUGUUCAUCUGAUAAGUGAUAUUAAAAAAAUCGAAGCUGCUUUCGCCCUGUGUUGCUGGAGUGGUGCGUUUCUGGAGAAUUGCAGAAUGCCGGGUCUAAGUUGUAGAUUUUAUCAGCACAAAUUUCCUGAGGUGGAUGACGUAGUGAUGGUGAAUGUAAGGUCCAUUGCUGAAAUGGGAGCUUAUGUCAGCUUGCUGGAAUACAACAACAUCGAAGGCAUGAUUCUUCUGAGUGAGUUGUCCAGAAGGCGUAUCCGUUCUAUAAACAAACUCAUCCGAAUUGGCAGGAAUGAAUGUGUGGUUGUUAUCAGAGUGGACAAAGAAAAAGGAUAUAUUGAUUUGUCAAAAAGAAGAGUUUCUCCAGAGGAAGCAAUCAAAUGUGAAGAUAAAUUUACCAAAUCCAAAACUGUUUACAGCAUUCUUCGUCAUGUUGCUGAGGUCUUAGAAUAUACCAAGGACGAGCAGCUGGAAAGCCUGUUCCAGAGGACCGCUUGGGUCUUUGAUGACAAGUACAAGAGACCCGGAUACGGUGCCUAUGAUGCAUUUAAGCACGCAGUCUCAGACCCAUCUAUUUUGGAUGGCUUAGAUUUGAAUGAAGAUGAACGGGAAGUACUCAUUAACAAUAUUAAUAGGCGUUUGACUCCACAAGCUGUCAAAAUUCGAGCAGAUAUUGAAGUGGCUUGUUAUGGUUAUGAAGGCAUCGAUGCUGUAAAAGAAGCCCUGAGAGCAGGUUUGAAUUGUUCUACAGAAACCAUGCCCAUCAAGAUUAAUCUAAUAGCUCCUCCUCGGUAUGUAAUGACUACAACCACCCUGGAGAGAACAGAAGGCCUCUCUGUCCUCAACCAAGCUAUGGCUGUUAUAAAAGAAAAGAUUGAGGAAAAGAGGGGCGUCUUCAAUGUUCAAAUGGAGCCCAAAGUGGUCACAGAUACAGAUGAGACUGAACUUGCAAGGCAGCUGGAGAGGCUGGAGAGAGAAAAUGCCGAAGUGGAUGGAGAUGACGAUGCGGAAGAAAUGGAAGCCAAAGCCGAAGAUUAACUUUGUGGGCAACAGAGUCCAGUUUAAGGAACACAAAGCAGCCUUCCUGGCUGUUAACCCUAGACUUGAAAGUUUUCCAGUAUUGAAAACUUCAAAGCUGAAUAUUUUUUAUUUCGAAGUAUUUAAAUGUUCCAACAGACCAAAACGUGAAACGCCCUCCUAAAUGUCAGCUGUUUUCACACAGUAGCUCUGACACCUUGAGCAUUUUUUAAGGGAGUGGCCUGAUUUCACUAGAGACAAAUCUUUAAGAACAGUCAUAAAAUGGGGCGUGUGAUUUCCAUUUCUGAUGUCUCCAGAUUGGCACCCCUCUGUAGUUCAGUGCCUCCAUGAGAUUUACCAGGGGCACCCAAAGCAAAUAGUCCUAACCUUUCUAUAUAAAAUGUAUCAAGCAAACAUUAAAUAAAUUUCUGGGAUAUUUAACCAUAGGUUUCUUCCUUAUUGUCACCAGUUAAAAGCAUUAUGAUUACUAAGACCCUAAUUCUAUUAUCUUCAUUUUAUUUGAAAUGUAGUAAUAUAAAGGCAGGUGACCUAAAGGAUCAAUAUAGCAGAUCCUUUCAAAGGGAGGUUUUAGAGAACAUAAUUUUAAUUAGUGAAAGUUUACUCCUAGGGGGAAAAAGCCUUAAAAUGCAACUAAAGAAUUACAUUGGUUGUGUGCCUUUUACCUAUUUGAGACUGAUGACAGCAUGUGGUAUGAGGGAGAAUUUAUCACACUGGUCCUUGUUGGUGUACUAAGCUGCUUGCCUUGAGUUUGUAAUUCAGGGUGGUAAAGGUUUUAGGGGUGUUUUUUUAAAGAAAAAGAUGCUGCUUUUUAAAUUAAGUUAUUUGAGUCUCAUUGCCCAACUUUUGGGGUUUUUUUCCAGUAAAAUAUUUGCUAGGUGCCACGUAGAAGCUUCAGUUCUCUUCAUAAUAGAGUGGGGAUCUGUUUGAACACAAUUACAAUGGUUUUUCUGUGUUUCCAUCAUUUUUUUCUUUAAGAGCUGAUUGUUCUAAAGGUAAAUAAAUAAUAUAUACAAAGGUAAAUAAAUUUCAUAGAUAACGUAUGGUUUGCAGUUACAGUUAUAGUAGCCAGGGUGUAGAAAGUCUUAAGUUAACUUUGGUCUGCUUCAUAAAUUUAAUCUCUUAGGGUACUUGAGGUACUAGAUAAGUUAAUUUUACUAAUCAUUCCCAAGAAAUACUUCUUAGAAGAUUAAACCUAACCCACCUUAGUCAGUCCAGGACUAGACUUACCUCAGUGUUAAAGGGAAUGGAAAAUAGAAGAGUGUGUCGGUGAGCCAUUUGAGCCAUUUUUGAAGGUUUGUCCCUUUGUUUAAUUUAGCAGCCUCUACUAGCUCUUUAAAUCCAGAAGUCUAAUUUCAUAUAACCGUUUCCACGAGGGAGCCAUGAUUGCUGGCUUGCAUACUGGGAAUAUUUAGAGGAGAAUCUGGCACAUAAUUUUCACUUCAGUCUUUCUGAGGAGUCAAAAAAAA